CUAUCGCGAUUUCCUUCCUGCGAUGUAACCUGACAGAUUCUACACCUUGAUUCACGACAGCACCAACGUGUCUUUGAAGAAGCGCAAUACCAUCGACUCUCCAGACUGCAUAGGCCAAAGCACUAUGAGGGUCAAAAUACCACACCCGACCGAUGACCGCGCCAGAUGCGGAGUUGUCAGUGCAAUGAUCGAGUGCGUCCGGGCAGACGUGGCAGACAUUGAGCAAUUCUACAGCUGCAAUUUCUCCAACACACGCGUUCGACGUCUGAAAGACUACUUUCGCGAUAAGUUGGAUGAGCUGACUGGCGUGACCUUUGACCAACUUGAUCUGGAGGACCAAACAGAUUUUAUACUAUUGGAGAAAUAUUUGAAUGAACAACUCGAUGGUCUCGGUUCUUUCGAAACUUCUCUAGAGGAGCUCAAACCUAUCCUUGAACCAUUCACAUCCAAUCUGGUCGAUUUGCUUGAGCGGAGGCAAAAAGUCGUGCCGACAACAGGCAGAUAUGCAGCUGAAGUCCUGUCAUCUGCGUGCGGAGAAAUGCAAAGGAAGGUUCAUGAAAUCACGAACAAUACAUCCAAGACAAGCGAUCAAGCAGACCGAUUCGUAGCCUAUCGUGCGGCGAGCAACCUCGAUGAGUUGGAAAGCUUGCUUGAAGAAUGGAUGACAUUCUACAAGGGCUAUGAUCCCACCUUCACGUGGUGGACGACUGCACCCUAUGAAGAGGCACGAAACCAAAUGCGACAACUGGCGACUACCGUGAGAGACAAGUUGGUCCGGACGGACGGUGGCUCUACUGCCGACAUAGUCGGCCAGCCAGUUGGACGAGCAGGUUUGCUUUCGGCUCUUGAUGCUCAGUUUAUCGCAUACAGCCCUGAGGAGCUAAUUCAAAUCGCCGAUAAGGAGUAUGCUUGGUGCGAGCAGGAAAUGAUCAAGGCAUCCGAAGCACUGGAUUAUGGGCAAGAUUGGAAAGCCGCUCUUGAGUAUGUCAAGAAUCUAUUCGUUGAACCUGGCCAACAGAUUCAUCUUGUUCAUGAGCUAGCCGAAGAGGCAGUAUCAUACGUCAAAGAACACGACAUGGUCACGAUCCCACUUAUCGCCGAGGAAUGCUGGAGAACUCUCAUGAUGACACCAGAGCGACAGAAGGUCAACCCUUUUUUCCUCGGAGGGGAAGAUAUUAUCGUAUCGUACCCCACUGACACAAUGUCACACGCCGACAAACUCAUGUCCAUGCGCGGAAACAACAGACCAAUGUCGAGAAGCACGGUCUUCCAUGAGCUUAUUCCUGGCCAUCACUUGCAGAUGCACAUGAUCGCUCGAUACAGAUCUUACCGAAGCCUCUUCACCACGCCAUUCUGGAUCGAGGGCUGGGCCUUUUACUGGGAGUUCAUCCUCUGGGAUCGUGGCUUUGCUGGUACUCCGGAAGAGAAGAUUGGAAUGCUGUUCUGGCGUAUGCACCGUUGUGCUCGUAUCGUCUUCAGUCUCAAAUUUCACCUGAACGAGAUGACGCCGCAAGAAUGCAUUGACUAUCUGGUUGAGAAAGUCGGACACGAAAGAGCAACUGCAGAAGGCGAGGUAAGGCGAAGUUUCAAUGGAGACUAUUCUCCACUCUAUCAAGCUGGAUAUAUGCUUGGAGCGCUGCAGAUCUAUGCCUUGCGAAAGGAGAUGGUUGAAGGCGGCGAACUCUCCGAGAAAGAGUUCCAUGAUCGCAUGCUGAGAGAGGGGGAAAUGCCCAUUGAGAUUCUGAGGGCCUUGAUGCAGGGACGAAAGCUGCAACCUGGUCACAAAGCAGCAUGGAGAUUUUAUGAUCUCUAAGUGAUAGACGAUCAAAAGUUGGACACAAGACAUAUGUGCUUCUUCACGGCUGACCUUGACGUAGCUGCAAAACUCGAGCCCAGCAUCGAAUUCUUGCUUCACUUCAAGGGUUCUAAGCUAUCUGUCGAAAGGCAAAAUGCUUUUGAUAAGUCGACAAAUCUCCACUGAGAGCGGCACUUCUCUGCAAUCUCCUUGGAUAAUUAUGUUACGACCAAAAACUUUGUGUAUCUUGAUGGAUGUUCAGUAAGGGCCUCAUGAGAUUGAGAGCUCGGUUCCAGUGCGAUCUCUGUACUCUUACAAGCGCGUUACGUGCGUAUCAUGCCGUAGCUUCGAGAAGGUAGCACGAGGCAAAAAGCUUCGGUAUGCUUGAUACGACGUUCAUGCAAUUGCCCCACUAAUUACUAUAUAUUGCAGCGCUACCGCCCCCGCACGUCGAGUCGGC